UCCACUCACAGCCCAUGUGGCAGAGGUGCCCAUGCCAGAGCACGUGAUACCUGGAGGAGACUGUGACCCCAUGGGAGGCCUGUGGUGAGAAGGGCCCUGCUCCCAGGCUGGAGCAGCCUGUCCUUGCAGGACUGCACCUAUGGAAAGAGAGACCCACUCUGCAGCAGUUUUGUGAGGAGUGUGAGCCCGUGUGAGGCACUCACGUUGCAGGAAUUUUGGGAGGACUGCUGCUCGUGAGAGUGGACUCACUCUGGAGAAGUUCACAGGGAACUGUGUCCUGUGGGAGGGACCCCAUGGCCUCACAGGGGAAGGACUUCUCUCCCUGGGCAGUGGAAGAAAAUCUGGGUGAUGAACUGACCCAAACCUCCAUGCCCUGUCUGCCUGCACUGUCAGUGGGAAGGAGGGAGGGGUUGGGAGAAGAAUAGGUGCUUUAAGGGCUUACUUUCCUUCUUAUUAUCCUCAUCUGAUUUUGCUAGUAACAAACUCAUUUUGCUGUUUGAUCCCAUUUUGCUCUUGGAGUGCUUUCUCCCAGUCCUUAUCUCAACCUAGGAACCCUUUGUUGAACUUCCCUCUCCCCUGCCCUGCUGUGGCAGGGGAGAGGGCCAGUGAGCAUCUCGUGGGUGCCUGGCAUUUGGCCACUGUCAAACCAUGACAGCUCCAAAGACAAGAACUAAUGGGUCAAAUCCUGAGGGAGUCGGUCUGGCUCCUGUCAGCUGGCUCACAGAGAUGGGAUUGCGACUGCUGUAGCCAGAGGAGAGCAAACCCCAUCCAAAUGUCUGUGAAAUACCAGCGGGGCACGCUCCUGACCAUGCUCCUAAAGGUCCCAGCACCUCACUGCCAUGCCGGUGGACAGUGACUGUCAUUAGCUGGCCUCGCAGCGAUGCUGACCAGCAAUUACACUCCUGGCCGCUGUGCAGAGGGUGAGCCAGCCCCUGGCGCCUGUCCCCUCGCAGAUGGCAGCAGCGCCCGGGUCCCUGGGCUCGGUGUCACCGGGUGCACAGCACCCACCGCCUGUCCCGCCGGCACCCUCUGCACCGCCCCAGGCUGCGCCCUGCCCGCUCCCCGGGGAGCCUGCUGCUGCCAGAAGGGCAAUUUGCGACCAUUACGGGUUUCAUUGCAGAAACUGUUUUCCCGCGACUGAAAAGAUGAAAUUUUAAUUGCCGGGUUGUGUGAGGCGAGGGCGGGGAGCGCACUCAGGGUGGAAAAUCUGACGGUGCAUCUUUGAGCUGCCGGGAGUGGGACAACAGAGGGCACCAGAGGCUCCAGCUGAAGGAAAUGAGGGAAUAAACGGAGCCUGGCGGGGCGCAGGAGUUCACUGCUGGGCACGGCCGGGCUGUGACAGCCGGGCUGUGACAGCCGGGCACGGCCGGGCCCUGCGCUGACACCCGCGGAUCCCCGGCCCUGCCAGGACCCUGCGCUCCCUGCAGCCUUUCCGAGGAGCCCGCCCGCCCGCCGCCUCACACGGAGCAGAGACAGCCCAGCAUGGACAACUGCACUGAGACUGAUGCACAGGAGGGCAUUGUGCUGUUUCAGGUGCUUCUCUACAUGCCGGUGGUCGCUCUGGGGAUCCCACUGAAUGCAAUUGCCUUCUGGGUCUUCUGCUGCAAACUCAAGAGGUGGACUGAGACCAAGGUGUACAUGAUCAACCUCAUCGUGGCAGACACUUUCCUACUCUUCACCCUGCCUUUCCUGAUAUAUUUUACUAAGUACAAGCAUCCCAUAGACCAGCUGUGUUCAGCCAUACAAAACAUCUAUUUUAUAAACAUGCCUAUGAGCAUCUUUAUCAUCACCCAGAUUGCGAUUGAUCGAUACAUUGCAAUCAAGUUCCCUCUAAAAGCAAAGAUUCUUCGAUCCCCGCUGAAAUCAGCUUCUACCUGUGGCUUUCUUUGGCUAGCACUGAUAAUUUAUUCCAAUAUAUAUCCCACACUUGAGAGUAGCUGGGAAGGCUGUUGUUUUCGAAGACAGUCUGUUCAACCUAGGUAUUUCUCUUUAUUCUACAGUAUCUGUGUGUAUUUUGUUCCCUUAGGGACUGUGACUUUUUGCUCAGUAGAAGUCAUCAAGUGUCUAAAAAAGAAGAUGGCCACAAGCCCUCAUGAGACAAAACUAUUCCAGAAGGCCGUGCACAUUGUUUCUGUGAAUCUGUGUGUGUUUGCUGUCUGUUUCUCACCUUUCCACUUCUCACUGCUCUUGCGGUUUGCAGUGGAAGUUGCUGGAGCUCAUUCUCUGCUGCCGGGAGUUACAGCCUGUAUUAAGAUCUCUGCAUGCAUAGCAAAUUGUAACUGCUGUCUGGAUGCAUUUUGCUAUUAUUUUGCAGCCAAGGAAUUUCCAGAGUUUUCUUCUAUGUUCCCCAAGUGUUUAUUCAUGAGGUCCAAGAUGAACCAAAGUGAGGAGUCACAGACACCCACGGAUCAAGUGAUGGCAUAAACAAGGGGCAGUGCAUGGCAGGUGUUGAGUGCCACAAUGCUGCUCAAGAUUUAAGGCACAGGGAAUGGAACCACCUACAGUGUUUGCAAUCAUUGUAGGUACAGGCAUAUGUACAAAAAGGGGCAAACCCCUCCAAAGGGUGUGAUGUUAACUUGAAUUCUGUCCUGCUGUCCUCAGUGACUUGACUCCAGCUCUGACUAUGGUCUUGUAUGGUUGCAUCGCAGCUCCAGGCGCCUCCUGGUGACAGCUUGUCUUGCUUGGCUUCACGGCCCUUCACUUUCAGUGUCUUCUGACCUGUAAACCUCUGAAAAAUUUCCUCCUGGGACUGCAAGCUCAUAUUCUGCUCAUGUAAAUUUAGAGACAAUUAACUUCCUUAGGACAACUGACAUCUGGUUCCCCUACGGGUCUGUCACCGUGCAGUGACACGCGCUCAGACCACAGUCUGAAACCACUGACUAGACCUGGGUCAAAUGUGCACGCAAGGGACUGUUCCCAGCACGGAAAGUGUCACAUAUCCAAACAUUAGAUCCACCUGCUUUGUGUCAGCUCUUUGGCAGACAACACGGUGGAAGCUGCAGUGAGCAACUGACAUAAAAAGAGAUGAAACUCAGGUCCUUCAGCUGGUAAUUCAUGUUUUCUUCACUGGUGCAUUUUCUAAUGUUCUGGCAUUACUGGUAUUUCACUGCAAACAGAACAAGUAGCCUGUGUGUGUAUGUGACCAGUUUAACCAUUGCACACUGUUUAGCCCUUGUUCUGCCUUCUAAAUUCUCUUUUCAAAGACAGGAAAAGAUAUGGGAGACAAAUAGUGCCCAAUCUUAACAUCCAUCUAUUGCUUUAGGAGACGUGUGAGUGUUGUCACCCCUGUAGCCAUUGACAAAUAUGCUGCAAUUAAUAUGCUGCUACCCUUAGAAAGCAAGAGACCUCUUGACAGACAUCUCUGACAAUCCAGGGCAAGUGGUGUUCAGCAAGGAAAAACACUUCUACUUCAGGAACAGCACAGAGGGCCUUCAAAAACAUUUUUGAGCCUAGGAUUCCCUUCUGAGACUUUGCACCUCAUUGCUUAUAAUGAAAGCCUGUUCCAAAAAGAUUAUGAUUUUGUUUUAAUUUUGAAAAAAGAGGUGAAGAUUCAUAUCAACCUGUUAACCUACUGUUAACCUAGAAAGCAAACAACUUGCUUGUUUUUGCAGGCUCAGUCAUGCUCAUGUUUUCUCCCAGUUAACAUGGAGAACUUGUUCAGUUUCCAAUGAGCUCCAAAUAGGCCAUCUGCUCUGGAAUAUAGAACAGCAAUGCUUUUAUAUGUGUGACCUCACAUAUAGGGCUCAUAAGCGUUCCUUUUUCUCAUUGUAUAGAGGAAAUUAGUUGAUUUCACAAUCCCUGUCAUCAUUAAGAUUUUUCAUAGCACUGAAUGCUAUGAAAACAAA